UAAAGCCAAACUAAAUGUUUUAAUAAUCGUACGUGAAUUGUUUACAUAGAUGGAAAAGUCAGUUCUCAUUCAGCUCCUCAUCUUUCUCUUGACCAUCAAUGGCGUUCACACUAACUUCCUCUGCGGCGACGAAACCUUCUCUCCAAACACAACCUUUGGCGACGACCUCAAGACUCUCUUGCCUUCUCUUGCCUCAAACGUUAUCGCACAACGCGGUUUCUACAACGCUUCGCUAGGCGGAGUUUACGCUCUCGCUCUCUGCCGAAAACACUACGAGGAUCAGGAUUGUCGUCGCUGCGUCGAUAGAGUAAGUAGGAACCUGUUGACACAGUGCCAAGGCAAAGCUGAAGCGUAUCACUGGGAAGCUGAAAACGAUGCAAACGUUUCUUGUCUAGUACGUUACUCAAAUCUCCCCACGUAUGGAAAACUAAAGCUUGAGCCACUCGAAAACAUUCCUCACUCGAGUCUUCCCUCUACAAAUCUGACCCGUUUCACCGAAGAGUUUAGGGCCACGGCGAAUCGAACAAUCGAGGAUGCAUCCAAGGCUGAUGAGUCUUCAGCAUUGAAGUACUAUGGAGUCUCAAGUGCAGAGUUUACGGACUCCCCUGAGGUUUAUAUGUUGAUGCAAUGCACACCUGAUUUAUCUUCAGGUGACUGUAAGUAUUGUUUGGGAGAGAUUGUUAAGUAUAAUCUAGAAGAGUACUGGGGAAGAAUCGGGAGCACGAUUGCAGUUCCUAGUUGCUAUUUCAGGUGGGACUUAUACCCUUUCGUAGGAGCAUUUGAUAACCUAGAAAGAGUUUCCGCGCCUCCUCGACCUUUUCAAGAAGAUGCUCAGACCAAGAAAGGAGGAACUUUUCAACCGUGGAGCAUUGUGGUCGCUGUCGUUCCAACAGUCAUUAACAUCUUCGUGUUUGUUGGUUUCGUGAUUGCUUAUCGCCAGAUGCGGAGGAGGAUUUAUGCUGGUAUCAACAAAAACUCUGAUUCGGAUGGUCAAUCUAUGUUAAGAUUUGAUCUCGGCAUGAUCUUAAUCGCAACCGAUGAGUUCUCAGCGGAAAAUAAACUUGGACAAGGUGGAUUUGGAUCUGUCUACAAGGGGAUUUUACCAAGCGGACAAGAGAUAGCGGUAAAGAGAUUAGCUGGAGGGUCAGGACAAGGAGACUUAGAGUUUAAGAAUGAGGUUUUACUCUUAACAAGACUCCAACAUAGGAAUCUAGUUAAGCUUCUUGGCUUCUGUAAUGAAGGAGAUGAAGAGAUUCUUGUUUACGAGCAUGUCCCUAAUUCAAGUCUUGAUCACUUUAUCUUCGAUGAAGACAAACGUUGGCUACUUACAUGGGAUGUGAGGUGUAGAAUCAUAGAAGGAGUUGCAAGAGGGCUUCUUUAUCUCCAUGAGGAUUCUCAGCUGAGGAUUAUUCAUAGAGAUUUGAAGGCGAGUAACAUUCUCUUAGACGCUGAGAUGAACCCUAAAGUUGCAGACUUUGGGAUGGCCAGGUUGUUUAACAUGGACGAAACUCGAGGAGAGACCAGCAGAGUAGUUGGAACCUAUGGAUAUAUGGCUCCAGAGUACGUGAGACACGGACAAUUCUCAGCAAAGUCUGAUGUUUACAGCUUCGGUGUUAUGCUUCUGGAGAUGAUAAGUGGUGAAAGAAACAAGAACUUCGAAGCAGAGGGACUUCCAGCUUUUGCAUGGAAGAGAUGGGUCGAAGGAGAGCCUCAGAGUAUAAUCGACCCUUACUUAAGCGAGCAUCCCAUAAACGAGAUCGUAAAGUUGAUUCAGAUUGGUUUGUUGUGUGUUCAAGAGAAUGCAGCAAAGAGACCAACCAUGAACUCUGUAAUAGUUUGGCUUGCAAGAGACGGUACUUUUGCGAUUCCUAACCCUACAGAAGCUGCUUUCGUGACUCUCCCUCUCUUGGUGAAACCUGCAGAAAGAUACAUGAAUAAGUCUAAAGAUUCUAAGUUUUCGGUGGACGAGGUGUCGAUUACUGUGUUGCAUCCUCGGUGAAUUGUCCACGUUAUCGAUCUGUUGAGAGUUUUUUGUACAAGUUUCUUUGGACACAAGUUAACCUCAUCCGGAUUCAAGACAGAACUACGGUGUUGGAUAGCCUAAUAAUGUAUUAUUGUUUGAGAUGGUUAUUCAGAGAAUUCAGUUCACUUAAUAUCUGUGACCGAUUAAUUUCAGCUGGGUUCGAUUUGGUUGUUAAUCAAAAAAGAAAAAAAAAUUGGAAGCUAUAAAGGCUUUGUAUUAGAUGAUAA